GCAACUUCAGACUUCCUUUCAAAAUUCUUGUUUGAAGUAUAAACUUUCGUUUGAUAAUGCUCAAUUGUCAACAUCCUUGCAUUGCUUCCAUCUGUGUAUGUCUUUAGCAAUGAGUAUCUAUACACAUUCGAUAGAGACCUCCGGCGCGGAGCACGUCCCAGUCACGCGGAGUAUGCGUCGCAUCGUUGCAUCUAGAUAUAUUCGGUCUAUCGAUAUAUGCCCGCACAGCAUCUUGGAUGGAUCAUUUUUACCAAAGUUGACAUCCUUUUCGAUUUUUCGCAAUUUACCACUUGAACUCCGCGCUCAAAUUUGGACGUUUGCUUUUGAAGAGCCUCAUAUAGUAGAGCUCGAGCUUUUGACAUUCAUGAACACAACAUCCGUUCCGCCGCCGCGAUCAUCAUCAUGGAGCUUUCGCAACACAACCCCGCAUCCCCUUCUUUCAACUUGCACUGAAUCCAGGGAAGAGGUUUUGAAGCGGUACCGAUCUUCUGAACAUUCGAGAUACAACUCGCUUCCUAUCAACUUUGCCAUAAAUUCUCUGUUUCUCAAGGAUCUCAACUUUGGUUCUAUCCAAGGUUAUUGGCUGCGGAAUGUGAAUUAUGUCAAGAGUGGCGAUUGUCGGGCGCUUCUACCGAGCAUCUUUGAGUGCGUAGAAAGUUUAGUGAUUUCUCGAACAUCCAUUUUAAAUGCAGAAUGCGAGGCGGAAAACAUCAUUCGCUAUUGUUUCCCGAAUCUUUGUCUACUCAUCGUCACUGUCAAUAAUCGCGUCAGGAACGAGCUCUCGUCGAACCGCACCUCCCAACUUCUUUUGCACCCGGAAGACGAUCACCAUAUUUCGCUACUAAGCUUUGCGCCGACGACUUGUCAUUGGGACGCAAUUUACGCAUCGAGGAUAAAGGUAAACAUGCAAAGACGAUUUGCGAGACAGGAAAGAAUCCACAGAGAUUAUGUUGCGCCCGUUGUUAAAGUCGUAAGCGCGGGUGAACGCUACGGCGAAACAUAAGGGUGUUUUAUUUGGCUGCUUCAAAGAUGACAUUAAGUUUUUACUAAAUUGCGCGAAUA